UUGCAGGAUAUCCCUUUUGGGGUGAUGGAAGUAGACUCACUCAGAAAGACCAAGAUUUACUGAUGGCAAAGCCUUCUCCAUAUAUUAUGUGGAGCUUAAUCACCGCUAUAAAAUUCCGAUCCAAACAAGCAUCUGUUCUGACCACCGUGCGGCUCGAGCAACACUAUUUUUCUCUCACACGCAGCCACGAGACUUGCAGGAAGGAACUCGAGCUCCUCCCAGAGGUUCUGGACAGGAAGAGCAUGACGUCAGUCCAACCCCCGUCCCCGGUCGCCUUAUGAGAUUAUUACGCGUGUAAUUGCCGCGCGAUGUUCGACGGCGGCUGGCGGGGGGAGGCUUGUUUACACAGACGGCAGAGCGCCGGGGGAAUAAUGCGAUAGAGGAAGGGAGCCGACUCUGUCUGCAUGCACCAACUUCCUGCUCUGGAGAAGAAGGAAAGAAGAAAAAAAAAGUCAGGAUACCAUUACAGUUCAGCGGAGCAGUUCAGACGCCAGUAAGCAUGGGACCCCGGAGGAUUUAUUCUAAUUCUUAAGAAGUAUUAAGAAGGACAAUCGCACACUACACGCCUAGGUAUGGAGAGCGCCAUCACGCUCUGGCAGUUCCUGCUGCAGCUGCUGCUGGACCAGAGCCACAAGCACCUGAUCUGCUGGACGUCCACCGACGGCGAGUUCAAGCUGCUGAAGUCUGAGGAGGUGGCCAAGCUGUGGGGACUGCGCAAGAACAAGACCAACAUGAACUACGACAAGCUCAGCCGUGCCCUGCGCUACUACUACGACAAGAACAUCAUCAAGAAGGUGAUUGGUCAGAAGUUUGUGUACAAGUUUGUGUCCUUCCCGGACAUCCUGAAGAUGGACCCCCAGGCGGUGGAGAUGGGAUGUGAAGGGGUCAGGACAGAGACUGUUGGCCGUGAGGCGGAGCGAGGGGACUGCCCUAAUUUGUCCUCGCCCUGUCGCCGUGACGGCGCCUACGCGGGCCUGUACUCCGCCCUCUCCGCCGGCCCGCUGCAGAAGCAGGUAAAGGUGGAGGACCAGGCGCGUGGCGUCAUCCGCUUCGUCCCCAACAGGGCCGAGGGCAGCAGGACGCUCAACGCGCCCUCCCUCCCUUCCUCUCCUCCCCCCUGCUCCUCCCCCAGGGCCCUCUGCUCCCCCCAGCCUGGUCCGUCCCCACGGCGAUCCCCCUCCCCCUUCAGCAGCCCCGAAGCACAGACCCACCAAUCGGAGUGGUGCGCUCAGCGGCUCAAAGCAGAGACUGACCAAUCGGAGUGGCGUGCUCAGCCCCUCAAAGCAGAGACUGACCAAUCAGAGCAGUGCGUUGAGCCCCUCAAUCUGUCCGCAGGACCCCGGGGCCGCACCUCGACUGCGGCUCCGCCCAAAACCAGAAAGCCGCCAAAAGCCCUGGAGAUCUGUGCUCCCUCACUGUUACUCUCAGGAAGUGACAUCAUCGGCUCCAUCGCCCUCAACAGCCCGGCACUGCCGUCAGGGUCCCUCACCUCUGCUGUCUUCACUGCACAGACCCCCUCGGGGCUGCUGUUGACCCCCAGCUCCCUGCUGGCUGGUAUUCAGUUCUGGAGCAGCUUGAGUCCUGUCGCCCCCCUGAGUCCGGCCCGGCUGCAGGCUCACAGCUCCCUGUUCCAGUUCCCCAGCUUGCUGAAUGGACACGUCCCCGUCCCCGUCCCAAACCUGGACAGGCCAUCGCCACCCCUACUGCUGUCCUCCAGCACCAACAAGUCCUGAUUCUGGCCCUCGUGCUUCACCUGUGCUCCUGCAUCCAGCCACAAAAACCUCCUUCCUCAAACGUCUCUCUCUAAACCACCCUCUAAUUUCACAAUGAACCCUCUACCCUCACAAACCACCCUCAACUCUCAAACUACCCCCACAAACCACCCUUCAGUCUCGUAAACUACCCCCACAAACCACUCUUCACUCUCGUAAACUACCCCCACAAACUACCCUUCACACCUGUAAACUACCCUUUGCCCUCCUCCUCAUCAUCAUCACCAGUGGCCUGGAUUUACACUUUCAUCACCGUAAACACUGAACACAUUGAGACUGAUGUUAUGUAAAAACAUGGUUCUUUUUCUUGUUGUGUUGUAAAGUACUUUAAAUUUUACAGUCUCCUCAUUUCACAGUGUUAAACAGUCCCCUUGUUGCGUGGAGUGUUUAAAAUGGCCACCCUGCUCCUGUACUGCCCAGACCAUACAGGUAGAGACUCUCACCUGUAAUAACUGUGCUGUAGCUAAACUGGGUUCUUGUACAGGUAGCCCCUUUUUGUUUUUUUUUUACAAUUAAAGGAAACCCAACCAUCCAAAGAAAAGACCAAAGACCAUUGUGACGGUUUAAUAUGGGUAUAAUCGAGACAGAAACAUGCGGAAAUACAGGUUUGUAUUGGACAGAAUUAUAACCGAACAUGUGGGCUUGUAUCCAGUGAGGGGAAAAGGCUUUUCACUUUAGACAAUGCACUUAAUGCCCACACCAGGGGUUCGCCGGCUCCUCCUGUAUGACCAUUUGCUACUUUUCAUAGUUUUUAAUCUUUUCAUCAGAUGCUGUGAACCUGGUUGCGUCUUUUAGUGUUUUGUACUAUAUCGUUUUGUAUGGUUAUGCGUUGUGCUCUAAAGUUAGUACCAGCUGUGCCUUUUCAGAAGGAAGAGUAUGUCUGUAUUAUUUCUUGCUUAAAAAGAAAGUUCUUUGACGACAACCUUCCAAAAUAGUAUUGGGGAAAAAAGCUUUGUAAUAGCCUUAUAAUUAUUUUUUCAUAAAGGAAUUGAUGCAAGUAUACUCACAUUUUAUAUUUGCGCUUUUUAUGGGUCUAGAAAACAUGUUGCCUUAUGUUGUUUUUAAAUAAACUUGAAGCAUUGAAUGCUUUAUAAUAAA